AUCUUUCUUCCUCCUUUCACACUAAGAUUGAAGUUAAAAUAAUCGAUUAUAAUGAGAGAAGUUAUCAGUAUCAACGUCGGUCAAGCAGGUUGUCAAAUCGGUAAUGCUUGUUGGGAAUUAUACUCUCAGGAACACGGUAUCAGACCAGAUGGUUAUUUACAAGAAGGAUUAACCAGACCAAAGGGUGGUGAAGAAGGUUUUUCAACCUUCUUCAGUGAAACUGGAUCAGGUAAAUACGUUCCACGUGCAUUGUAUGUUGAUUUAGAACCAAAUGUCAUUGACGAAGUCCGUACUGGUCUUUACAAGGAUUUAUUCCACCCUGAACAAUUGAUUGCUGGUAAGGAAGAUGCCGCCAACAAUUAUGCUAGAGGUCAUUAUACUGUUGGUAGAGAAAUCUUGGAUGAUGUUUUAGACAGAGUUAGAAGAAUGACUGAUCAAUGUGAUGGUUUACAAGGUUUCUUAUUUACUCACUCCUUGGGUGGUGGUACAGGUUCUGGUUUAGGAUCUCUUUUAUUAGAACAAUUGUCUAUUGAUUAUGGUAAGAAAUCCAAAUUGGAAUUUGCUGUUUAUCCAGCUCCUCAAGUUUCCACUUCUGUUGUUGAACCAUAUAAUACCGUUUUAACUACCCACACCACAUUAGAACAUGCUGAUUGUACCUUUAUGGUUGACAAUGAAGCCAUUUAUGAUAUGUGUAGAAGAAACUUGGAUAUUUCCCGUCCAAACUUUAGCUCCUUGAAUAAUUUGAUUGCUCAAGUUGUUUCCUCAGUUACUGCAUCUUUAAGAUUUGAUGGUUCAUUAAAUGUUGAUUUGAAUGAAUUCCAAACCAAUUUGGUCCCAUACCCAAGAAUUCAUUUCCCAUUAGUUUCUUACGCCCCAGUAUUCUCCAAGACCAGAGCUACUCAUGAAGCUAAUUCCGUGUCUGAAAUUACCCAAUCUUGUUUUGAACCAGGAAACCAAUUAGUCAAGUGUGAUCCUAAGGCCGGUAAGUAUAUGGCUACUUGUUUGUUAUACCGUGGUGAUGUUGUUACUAGAGAUGUUCAAAAUGCCGUUGCUCAAGUUAAGGCCAAGAAGACUGUUCAAUUAGUUGAUUGGUGUCCAACUGGUUUCAAGAUUGGUAUUUGUUAUCAACCACCUACUGCCACUUCUGGAUCUGAAUUGGCUGCUGCUUCUCGUGCUGUUUGUAUGUUAUCCAACACUACUGCUAUUGCUGAAGCUUGGAGAAGAAUUGAUAAGAAGUUUGAUUUGAUGUACUCCAAGAGAGCUUUCGUUCACUGGUAUGUUGGUGAAGGUAUGGAAGAAGGUGAAUUUACUGAAGCUAGAGAAGAUUUGGCUGCUUUAGAAAGAGAUUAUAUUGAAGUUGGAACUGAUUCUUUCCAAGAAGAAGAAGAAGAAUAUUAGGUUUCUACUUUUCGUUAAUGUUUAUACCCUCUCCCUCUUUUAUUCUCUUUUAUGGAAAUCAAUGUUUAGUCUUUUUUUUAUGUGGUUGGUUCUUUUAAUAUCUAUGAUACUUAUAGAUAGUCUUUAUAGUUUUUUAUCAUCUAUUUAUAGCAUGAUACAUAUAUAUGCUCUUGUUAAGAUCUGUAGUUUACUUGACAACACGGUUAAAAAUUAAAUAGCUCAAAUCAAAAAAAA